CUCCCUCUGUGGUCUAUAAAGAGCCCUUGCUGCAGCCGUCUGCUUCAUGUAUCUCAGCAUCAUGAAGAGAUUACCCAUCCUGCUGCUGCUGUGCUCGGCGGCUCUGCUCUGCAGUGCUGCUCCAGCUGUGGAGCCGGUGACCUGCAGCGAGGAUGGAGGUGCUGCGGCGGCACGGAUGGCUGCACAUCACAUCGACGAAAACCACGACCACGGAUACAAGUUCAAACUGAAGGAGAUCAAAGGGCACAAGGUGGAAAAGGUUGAUGACGGCUGUGACAUCGAGCUGCAGCUGGACCUUCAGGAGACAACGUGCCACAACAUCAACCCGAAGCACUUUGAGGAUUGUACGAUCCGCAGUGAAAGUCAAAGGGCGGUGGUGGCUAACUGCUCAGUGAGGAUUCAUGUGGCAAACAGUGCCGCAAAAGUCAAAAAUUAUCAUUGUGACACGCGACAAGAGAAAACAAACAGUGAGAUGGCGAGGAUCUGCCCUGACUGCCCCAGUCUGGUCUCACUUCAUGACCCUGAUGGUAUGAAGUCUGUAAAAGCAGCGGUGCAGAGAGUCAACGAGAACGCCACCAACCAGAACUACUACGUCCUGAGGGAAGUUGGACGGAUAAAAAUCGGGUGGAUGAGUAGCACAGGGAUGAACUACUGGGCUGAGAUUGCCCUUGUGGAGUCACAUUGCCGAAACGGUACCAGAAUCGUACCUGAAGCAUGCAGACCCCUCUGCCCUGAUCGAGCUCGUCAUGCUUUCUGCCAGUCAUCUUACUCCAGUUCACAGGGACUCGGGUCUGUUGAGUGUGAUUACUACCCCGCAACGAACUCUACUGCCCUCGGCGAUGGUGAGCAGGAGCCCCUAUGCAGACACCAUCAUGGUCGUGACCAUCAUGGUCACGACCAUGAUGGUCAUGACCAUGAUGGUCAUAGCGGUCGUGGCCCUCCUAACCAUGAUGGCCAUGGUGGUCGUGGCCCUCCUGACCAUGAUGGCCAUGGUGGUCGUGGUGGUCGUAGCCCUCCUGAUCAUCAUGGUCAGGGCCCUCCUGAGCAUCAUGGUCAGGCCCCUGCUGACCAUGAUGGUCAUGGUGGUCGUGGUGGUCAUGCUGAUGGCCCUCCUGACCAAGAAAGGCAGCGUCAUAGGCCCCCAUUCCAUCGCUUCCAUUGCCAUGGAUCGGAUACAGCUAUCCACCCCAUUUGCCCCUGGCCUCAUCCUGAGCCCCGUGGCCCCCGCCUAAAACCAAAGGAAGAGGCCUGAGAAACACACACACGGAAAACAUGUUUGUUACUGACUUCAAGACUUGUACAAGUCUCUAAUGUAAUAUGUGGGAAGUAAGAACAGUUUAAAACACAUUACAAAGUAAUGUCCAAUAAACAAUCAUGGUUUCAA